CUGAACUGGAGUGAAAACUUCCAGCAAACUCCCUCUAAAUCUGACAGACUGACGUCAAGCCAGACUCGAGUAACGCUGACCGAGACAUCUCCGCUCUUGUCACUGAGUGCUCUGUGGAUGCCACGAGGGAACGCUUGUGGAUUCUGCCUGUAGCAAAUAACAUUUCUUGUUUCAAUGCAUUUCUCUCAGGAAAUUAGUAAUGUGGAGACUCCUGUCGUGGAUUCUUUUGACAGCCAGUUUGCACCAGGCCAGUUCCCACAACUCCACAGACUCUCCUCUUGUGACCACAGAUUUGGAUACUUACAACCGAAACCGUUACUGUAAAUGGCCCUGUAAGUGCCCGAAGAGUGCCCCUGUUUGCCCACAUGGGGUCAGCUUGUUGACAGAUGGAUGUGACUGCUGCAAGGCCUGUGCCAAGCAGGUGGGGGAGACCUGUAAUGAAAGAGAUACCUGUGACUAUCAUAAAGGACUUUACUGUGACUACAGCGCUGACAAGCCGAGGUACGAAAAAGGAGUGUGUGCAUAUCUUGUGGGAACAGGCUGUGAGUAUAACGGUGUAAUUUACCGUAAUGGGCAAAGCUUCCAGCCAAACUGUAAGUACCGCUGUCUGUGUGUGAAUGGGGCGAUUGGAUGUGUGUCGCUCUGCAACGAGUCUCUCCCGCCCCGGGUCUGGUGUCAGUCGCCCAAGCGAGUAAAGAUCCCAGGCCAGUGUUGCGAGAAAUGGAUUUGUGAAGAGUCUCGUAAACCACGCAAGACCAACCCCAGACAUGCUCCUGAGGAGGUGUCCCUCAGCAGCAAUGAUAUUUGGCAUAAAAAUUGCAUUACCCAAACUACCCCAUGGAGUCCCUGCUCAAAGACCUGUGGGCGGGGCAUAUCGCAGCGCAUCUCUAAUGACAACGCUGGCUGUAUGAUGGAGAAAGAGUCUCGACUGUGUAACCUCCGACCCUGUGAGGUGGACAUCACCAAGCACUUUAGACCGGGUAAGAAAUGCCUGAACAUCUACCGUGAGCCAGAGUUUAAGAAUUUCACCAUCUCAGGUUGUGUCAGUAAGAAGGCAUAUUGGCCCAAAUACUGUGGAGUCUGUACCGAUGAGCGCUGCUGCAUCCCAUACAAGUCUAAGACCAUCGAGGUGGAGUUUGUGUGUCCAAAUGGAUCCGUUUUUUCUUGGAAAUACAUGUGGAUCAAUGCCUGCUUCUGCAACCUCUCCUGCAGGAACCCAAAUGAUAUCUUUGCAGAUCUGGAGCAAUACUAUGAGGUCAACGAGAUUGUCAACUAAUUCACCAAAAGCCAAAUACAGUCUUUUUUAAAGCAAUUUUAGGCUCAUAUUCGUAGCAAUUCAACAAUUUCGGAUGAUUAAUGAAUAAACAUCACCACAGUUACUCAUAGAGAUGGCUUGCGAGAGGAAAAGUGAUUUGAGUUCAAAAUGAAGGACUUCAUGGUAUAAGAAGAUUGCUAAUGGAUGCAGGAAGGACAAAAUAUGAAAUUAAGAAAAUGUUACAUUUAAGAUGUUGACUUCCUGUUACAAAUCUGUGAAGUCCAAAAACUGUUUUUAUAUUUUACAAAUAUGUUUAAAAAUAUUGACUUUAACGAUAAAAGGAAUUCUCCUUAAAGGAAUACAAAUCAUCAGUUUUUGCAAAUAUUUUAAAGUGAUGUUUAAAGACAUGUUUGUAUCUUUGUUAUAUAACAUAUUCUGAAAUACAUUUAAGAGAAGUGACAGUGAUCGCUUUGUUAUUCACACUUUUAUUUUGCCAUUUGUUACUGUUCAUAUUUAAUUCUGGAAAUAUGCAGGAAAUGUAUCUUUUUUAAUAAAAGACAUUUGCUUA